GCCAGGGCCGAGUGACAGACCACUGGCCUCGUUCAUUGAAAAAGCCUCCCCAUUCUUACUCAACAUCGACCACCUCCCUCAUCUGCGCUCUCAGCAAAGUGCGGUCGUCGUGGUUAUUCUUCGUCAUGGCGGCUCCGACCCAAAUCGAGGCCAAGUCGCUUUCUGCCAUCAACCAGCUGGCUGCACAUCCUCCACAGUACCCUAUCAACCCAGUUGGAAGGCAUGAAACUCUCUGUCUAUAUAUAUCACGAGUGCCUGGAUCACGCGACGUCAUCUUGUCAACUUUCAAGCCACAGAGGAAGAAUGUGACGGGGGAGGAUGUGGCCAACUCACUUUAUUACAUCCAUCUGGAUAAUCUGGGAGACGAACUGCUGGCCCCAAGGUCUCACAAACAUGAAGAUGCACCAAGGGCAAGCAUGGACUCGACCAGGAGUCAGGAGCGCAGGAUCAUCAGGAAGCCUGUGCCGACAUCCGCCGGUGUGGCCCAGCAACCGGUAUUGGAGACGCCUACGAUGGACAGCAUAAAUACCGAUGACCUGAAAAGAGUCGUACCGCUCGAUCAACCAUCGCUCCAGGCCACCAAGGAGAAUGUUCCCAUUGGGGGAGGGGGAGGAGUGGGAGGAGGAGACCCGACGCGGACCCUCGCGCAGCCAGCCGACUUGUCCGCAGCAUCAUCACCACCACGUCCUGUCAAGGUGCCUGUUCCGUCUGCACCGAUAGCCAGGAAGCCUCUUGGACCACGGCAGAUGGCUGACCCGCCAUCGCUGGUCGGAAACCUGCCUCCUCCACCUUCAGAAGCUGUCAGACCAGUAACGCCUCCAACACCUGAGGAGGUGAGACCGGUCAUCCCACCAAGGCCAACAGCCCCGCCACUGCGCCUCGACGCCAUGCUUCCACCGCGAAGCUUCGACGAGAUACGCGCCACCCACAGCCCUGCGCUGCAGAGCCCAGUGACCCCAAGCCGCUCUCCGUCACCAUGGAGUAAACAGCAGAAACCGUUCACGCCCUUUUCGCUGACCAUUAUUCGCCGCAACCCAGGGACAGGACACCAAUGGAACAUUGGAAAGGUCUCCUCAUACCAGUCGACGAUUGUUUACCACGAUCCGAAUCAUCCAGACGCACUACCCAUUGUACAGUACCCACGUGGGUAUCCGGCUAUCAAUAUCCACAUCGAGACGAGUGGGUACGCGCGAUUUCGCGAUUUCACCACAACUCUUCCCAAGGUUAACUUUGAUGCCGCACGCCCAGGCUCUGCGGGGGGGAAUUUGGCGCAGAACAUGAAGGAGCUGGCGGCCAAGAUGCAGGCGCAGCAGCAGGAGGAGGACGCAGCUGCCGGCGGGAACCACGAGGAGAGCGAGGGCGGGUUCAGAAGGCAGGUGGUCAUGACGUACGGCAAGACGUGGACGCAUAACUUGAAGGAGGUGUUUGCCUCGCGGAAGCGCGACCGGAGCGGAACCGGUACCAGUGAUACAGAUCACCUCGGCGAGCCGCUCCACCCGCCGCCCAAGGUGUCAUCCCACCAACGGCAGGACAGCGGUGCCUCGACUGCAUCAGCCGAUUCCUCUUACUUCCCUACCAUGACCCACCCUCACCACGGACAGAACGAGGGGCAUGUCGAUGCGACACACAAGGCGGCAGCGGCGGACGAUCAACCUGCCCUCCAGACCCCUGGUCCAGGCCUCAGACCCAAGGGCUACACGUUUACCUCUCCCUGGGAUGGGCAGUGCGACUUUCGCACAGCCUCCAACGGUCGCUCCCUCAAGUGCCGACACACACGCAAUACUACGUCGCAGGGUUUUAACCCCCUCGUCGCGGCCCAGGCUCUCCGCGACGCCGCCUCGUCUACCGCCGCCGACAGCGGCCGCAAGCGCGGCAGGUCGAGGGGCAUGAGUGCAAGCCUUGCAGGGUCAAUGAGCGAUAAAGUCGAUGUGAGCGAGCUGCGCUUCAGCCUGCCGAGUACAGACCUCUUCGGGUCCAAGGAAGACCGCGAGCGCGCGGCCAAGGAGGUGGUGGAGGGCCUUGGCAGGAUGCUGGUGAAGAGUCCGGGCGGGAGGGAGAAGGUAGCCGCGGACGGGCAAGAGGCGGAUGAGGAUGAGGACGACGAGCCGGUGUUUGACUUUAGCGGGCUGGGGAGAGAGAGGGCGGGUGGAGGAAACAGGGGGACCCGUGCCAAGUUGGGCAAGCUGCUCGUGCACGAUGAAGGGCUGAAGAUGCUGGACCUGGUAGUGGCAGCCAACAUGGGAAUUUGGUGGCAGGCGUGGGAGAGGAGCUUCUGA